UACUCUCCAGCUCGAUCGAAUGCUUGAACAGUUGAACCCCAUGCAUGCUUUUUCUAGACGCAAAAAGGCGAAAUAAAAUUCUCAAUCGUCACUACUCACUACCCUCACUCAGUACUCUCUAGUUAGUCUCUACACUACCAUUUUGUCAGUUUCUUGACCCCUCUUCUCCACAGAAUUACCAUGGAUCCCUCUGCUCUUCACCUAUAAAUCCCCAAACUCACCUCUCGUCGUUCUCGCAAUCAUCUCAAACAAGCUCAGGGGCAAGACGUGCAUUGCUACCAUGGCGCUCCACUCUGCUGCAGCCGCCGCCGCUCUCUCGGCCCUCCUGAUGCUCUCCUUCUCAGGCCUUACGCUCUCCGACACGACGCCGUCCACGCCGGUGUCACCGUCGGCCGCGUGCAACGCCACCACUGACCCGACCUUCUGCCGGUCCGUCCUCCCGCCGCGCGGCAAGGGGGACCUCUACAAGUACGGCCGCUUCUCGGUGGCCGAGUCCCUGGCGGGCGCGCGCAUGUUCGCGGCCCUCGUCGACCGCUACCUCGCGCGCCACCGGCACCUCUCCUCGAGCGCCAUCGGGGCGCUGCGGGACUGCCAGCUCAUGGCCGACCUCAACGUGGACUUCCUCACGGCCGCCGGCGCCACGAUCAAGACCACGGACACCCUCCUGGACCCGCAAGCCGACGACGUGCACACGCUGCUGUCGGCGAUCCUGACCAACCAGCAGACGUGCUUCGACGGCCUGCAGGCCGCGUCGGGGUCGUGGUCCGACCGCGGCGGCCUCGACGCGCCCAUCGCCAACGGCACCAAGCUGUACAGCCUCUCGCUGUCGCUCUUCACCAGGGCAUGGGUGCCAACGGCGAAGCCGGCUCACUCGCACAAGGGUGGCAGCAAUGACCCGCACCACGGCCACGGCCACGGCCACGGUGACAAGAACAAGAAGCACCCGGCGGCAUCCGCGGCGAGGAGGGGCCUGUUUGACGUGACCGACGACGAGAUGGUGCGGCGGAUGGCGAUCGAGGGGCCAGAGGCGACGGUGGAGGUGAAUACCGUGGUCACGGUGGACCAGAGUGGCGCCGGGAAUUUCACCACGAUCGGGGACGCCGUGGCUGCCGCGCCGAGAAACCUCAACGGCAGCACCGGGUACUACGUGGUCUACGUGCUUGCUGGCGUCUACGAGGAGAACGUGGUGGUGCCCAAGCACAGCAAGUACAUCAUGCUGGUCGGCGACGGCAUCGGCCAGACCGUGGUCACCGGCAACCGGAGCGUCGUCGACGGCUGGACCACCUUCCAAUCGGCCACCUUCGCCGUGGUGGGGCAAGGAUUCGUGGCGGUGAACAUGACGUUCCGUAACACGGCGGGGCCAGCCAAGCACCAGGCGGUGGCGUUCCGUUCCGGGGCCGACCUGUCGGCGUACUACGGCUGCAGCUUCGAGGCGUACCAGGACACGCUGUACACGCACUCCCUCCGCCAGUUCUACCGCGGCUGCGACAUCUACGGCACCGUGGACUACGUGUUCGGCAACGCCGCGGUCGUGUUCCAGGGCUGCACCUUCUACUCCCGGCUGCCCAUGCAGGGGCAGUGCAACACGGUCACGGCGCAGGGCCGCAGCGACCCCAACCAGAACACCGGCACCUCCAUCCAGGGCUGCUCCCUCGUCGCGGCGCCGGAGCUCGCCGCCAACACCGCCUUCACGACGCUCAGCUACCUCGGCCGCCCAUGGAAGAACUUCUCGCGGACGGUGGUCAUGGAGUCGUACGUCGGCGCGCUCGUCGACCCCUCCGGCUGGAUGCCCUGGUCCGGGGACUUCGCGCUCAGCACGUUGUAUUACGCAGAGUACAACAACACCGGCCCGGGCGCCGACACCAGCCGCCGGGUUGCGUGGCCGGGGUUCCACGUGCUUGGCGACGGCACCGACGCCGGCAACUUCACCGUCUCAAGCAUGGUGCUAGGCGAGAACUGGCUGCCGCAGACUGGCGUGCCAUUCACCAGCGGCUUAAUUCCUUGAAGCGCGUGCUUCAUGUCAAUAGUUAGCUACCCCUAUAUAUAUGUGUUUCUGCAGUAAUAAUUUUAACUUAAUCAUCGAAACCGGAACGAUAAAUGCAGUAGGUCCUGUUCGCUUGACUUUAAUUGGUAUCGAGUUCUACUGAUUAUACAA